AUGACUGUGAGCCCUCAAAUAGUAACUGUCUUUGGCACUGGAAAUCAAGCAGGUGCCGUUGCACGGGCGCUCCUGGCCGACAAGGCAGGUCGCUUUCGAGUUCGUGCCAUCAGUCGCCAUCCCGACUCCAAAUCUAGCAAGCAACUCGUCAUUGAAGGUGCCGAGAUCAUCCACGCCGAUGGCUGGAAUCAGGAUGAGCUCACUAAAGCCUUUACUGGAAGCUGGGCCGCUUUUGUCAACACAAACUCUGAUGAUCCGCAAUUUCUCGCGCCCGGAAACGGACCGACAGAAUUUGAUCUAGGUAAAAAUAUUGUGGACAGCUUGAUUGCCGCAAAUGUCAAAAAUCUGGUCUACAGCUCUUUCUCUUCGUCCAUGAAGCAGACCAAUGGGAAGCUGUUCAUUAAGCCACAAGAGAUGAAAUAUCAAGCGUUAGAGUACGCGAAGUCCUGUGGCCAUUUCGAAUUCCAUUGUGGCAUUUAUGCUGCUUGGUACUACGAGCAAUUCCUUGAUUUGCCCACUGCUGAAGUAGGGGGAGGAUUCCCAAGUAUCCCAGACGACGAAGGUUAUUUGACCCUACGUGUUCCGGUAUGGGGCAGCGACGAGAAUCCGUCUUUCUUGAGUAUUGGGAAUGACUUUGGAGACCUUGUUCACGGUAUCCUGCUUGACCCAGGGAAGUGGAAUGGAAAGUCCAUCCCAGCCGUCAGCGACGUGAUGACUUUUGAACAACUUACAAAUGUCUUUCAGAAGGUGACCGGCAAGAAGUCUCGAUAUGUGCCAUUAUCCAGCUGGGAGGACUUUGGCCGUGGGAUCCCCGAAAUGGACGAUCAUAGGCUUCUGUUUGCGUUCACUCAAUCCACCGGAGGACGGUACUUCGGAGAUGUCCCUACUGAAACGGACACAGCAAACGAGCUGAAGAAAGCCGCAGCUGAGGCACAAGGAAAAGUUGGAUCUCGGGCUGGAUUGAUGCCCGUCGAAGAAUUUUUUAAGAUCCACUUUGUGUCGUGA